AGAAAACAGGUCGACACAGUAAUCGGCGCAGUAGACGGCCUUCUCGGCUCCAUCACCCAAGGCGGCACGCUCCUAAACUUCGUCGUCGACUCCCUAGGCAACAUCGUGCAAUCCGUAACCAACACCGCCGGGCAAGCCGUCGACAGCAUCGUCGGCAACUACCUCAACAACAUGACCUUCACGGGCGUCACAUCGAGUCUCGGCAACGGCCUGACGCAGAAACAGUACAGCUACAGCCCCUUGAACGCCUUGGUGAAUAUUGUGUUUAAUGCCGCCGGCCAGAUCGUGGGGCAGCCGAGCGUGGUCAAGCAGACGAGUACGGCGAGUAGUACGACGGCGUCGGCGACGGCGACGCCGGUUAGUUUGACGACUACUAGUGCAGCGACGACGACGAGUGCUUCUUGAGGGGGGAAGAGGUGUGUAGAUAUUUUAAUGAAUUUUUUGAGAUUGAAAUUUGAGUAUGGAGUGAAAGGAGAACAAAUUGGGUAUCUGCACGCUGAAAUAGCAAAGGUAUCGACGCAGAAAGACGGCAGAAAUCAAAAAAGCAACGCAAUACAACGCCAACGGCAAUUUCUCAUCCAGUGAUGAGGUAUCAUGCCUGCUGCCACAAGUGCGGUGUAUCAAAAGCCGUGGUUCGCUUAUAAGCUCUGUCGAAAGCUAUCCCAAACUCGUCCCUUCAAAUAUGUUCUCCUUUGUUUGAUGUCCUCCGUUGCGUGGAAGCAAUGGGCGCUAUAUUGUUUAUUGUGCUUCGAUUUGGGACCGGACACUUCCUGUGGGUGUUGGGAUUGAAAAAAA